AUGUCAAUAAUUUUGUCACGUGGUUUUCUGUAUAACACAUUGUUUUUGUUGUGUUGGGUGUAGGUUUCCAAGUACACCUCUGUUAAUGUCUCUCUCAGGAACUUUUAUUGACCUUUAUCCCCAUUUCUAAACACAUAUCUUAUUUUACGUUUUAUGCCCCAAAUAUUCCUGUUACAGGGAAAAAACUUCAAAAGCGGCCAUGGGCGAGUCACGGAUCGAAUGUGAGGAAUUCAAUUAUCGAUCUGGGCAGGAAAGUGUCAGAUGUGAAGGAUCUUCUUCAGGUCGAAAUGUAUGGUCCUUUCAUGGUGUUCCCACACGGUGCUGGUGUGGAUGUGGCAUCACUACUUAUGUGUCGAAGACCAGGAAGAAUCCCAAUCGCGAAUUUUAUAGGUGUAAAAUUGCAGUCAAGGGGGAACAACAUCUCUUCAAGUGGGUCGAUGAAUCUUGGACCGAGGAGAAACUUAUGGAGGAAGCGAGAAAGAGGUCAAUGGAGGAGGAAAUUGAAGGUCGUACAAUGCAUAGUAAUGAUAACCCUGAAGUAGUUGAAGCUUCGAAAGACCGUGGUUGUGUUGGAGUUAUUAAAUUUAUUUGUCCUAAAAUUUGGUAAGUCUUUGUUUGUUUAUGUAUGGAUAAAGAUUGUAGUUUUUGGUCCGUAGGUACCAUAACGCCAUUCUUCAAUUUAUGUAACACAAAUCUCGAACAUUAUCGCCUUUUUGUGUUCGCAUUAUUACUUACUAUAUGCUCACAUUUGCCAUUA